AUGGGCGGCGCAGUUUUCGUAACAACCAUGGUUGUUAAAGUGGAAUGGCUAUGAAACCUGUUAGACUCUUUUGUUAUAUGUUUUUGUUAGCUUUUAAUUUUUGGACCAACCCCGCACAACGUUCGAUGGCAUUCCUAUCAUUUUGAACUCACUGACCAAUAGACAUCGCAUUAAUUUAUUCAGUCACAAUUUGUGAACAAAACACAAAGGAUUGUGCACAGUCAGGGAGCUUCCAACAUAAACUGCAGCACCGUUGUUUUCAACUUUGAUGUUUGUUUGCUUUCCUAACCACUCUCCUCUACUAACUAUGUAACAACUGAGCAAAAUUUUGGGAUUUUUUUCUAAAUUUCGUGGCCGAGUUCCACCCCGGAUUUAUCUCGCUACUUUAGCCAAGGGGGGCGGGCGCUUAUUCGAGUAAGAGCGCUGAUUACAGUGCGCUAUUUGAUCGUUAUUUGGUAGUCUUCGUUGUAUCUUUAUAACCUUCAAGUGACCAUUUUUCGUUAGUAAAUCGUUCGAAGGUGCAUGUAUGAGUACACAGAAAAAUAUCGGAGCAUUCAUGAGUGAGUCUAUUGUGUAGCUGUAAACAAGAAAGGCAGUUCAGAAAUAUUUUCUUUUUCAAUCACCCUAGGACAAGAGGCAAGUCCUGAUCCAUUUGGAGAGAGCUGAAAAGGCAAAGGUAAGUUCAGUGGGAUAUAUGGUGCAGUGUGAACUUGUGCAUUUUUACAAAGUAAGAAACUAUACGAAAAACGUCACGGCAGGUCUGGAAAUGCCAUAUUGUUAACGCCUUGCACAUAAAUUAAACUCAGCAGACGCUUGUUUAUUAUGAGUUGCAAAAUCGUAAGGUCAUUCCUCUGAAAUAUAACCUGCACUGAGAUUUCUGUUAAACUUUACCUAUUGGUAGUUUACCUGGAAGGAAUUUAACGUGGGGUCCCCGUACUCGUCUAGGAGAAGCAGCUCAUUGUGUAUAGCUAGUACAUAUAUCCCUUACAAUAUCAAUAUGAUCUUUCUUACGAGAACACGUUUGAGCACGUUUCCGACUGCUGCUUCUUUUUUGGCACGAGGACAUGUUUCAUAUUUCUUCUCCAGAAAGAAAUGUUUGUGCUUAAUUUUAUGAGGAAAAAAUGAUAAGUCACCACACUCGUUUACGAGAAAAAAUGGGGAUUUACCUCGUUUUGGUGAGAUUUGGCCAUAGAACAAAAGCCGCCAAUUUUUUCAGCUGCACCCUUUUAUCACGCGUGAAACGUAAAGCAAUAGUAAAGAAUAACUUUCAUUAUACACUUGGAGAGCCCCCUUACCAUGGAAACCCCUGGAGGACUUAUCCUCAGUACUCUGUCAUUAUCUGCAGUAUUCAUGGAGGUACAGAUAGUAAAGUUGUAGAAUUGAAGAGAGAUAACACCUUUUGCUGUUUAUUAGCAGAAAAUAUCCGUUCAUUAGUGGGAGUAGCUGGACCAAUACUGUACGGUAUAAUUAGGAUUGCUCUCUGAUUAAUGGAUUUAAAAAAAAAAAAAAAACAGGCAUCGAGAGGCCCUCUACACAAGGCUGCUAUCAGUGGACAGUUCGAAACAAUCAAAGUACUUCUUGAAAGUGGUGAAGAUGUGGAGAAAAAAGAUCAGGUUUGAAUUUUGUACAGUAAUCUAAUUUUAAGCCCGCUUCUCACGAGAAAUCGUCGUAUAGAUGACCUUCGCGCCUUAUGAAAGAGGCUAACGCAUUGUGAAUAUGAAUUAUUAUAACACGUGUUACGUUGGAAUGCCGUUUCCCGGAUAUAAGACUAUUAACAAGACGCGAACCAUCUGUACGAGCUGUUUGCGUCCUAUGUAAGACAUGCCAGUUCUUAUGUAGGACGUGCCUUAUUGUUCUUGGCAUAUGUCAGCGAUCGUGUUCAUAGCGCGAAGACGUGUCUUUUUGGGUUCUUCCAAUUUGAAGCUUUUAUUCAUCAUCAUCAUGUCUCAGUUUCUGGAGGCUUUAAUUCUCACCAUGAUUCUGUUAAACCACUUUUCCAUUCGUCUCUUCUUGACCGGCUGAAGCGCCAUCUUGAACUGGCUUGUUCUAGAAGUGCAGGUUAUCUGUUCUCCAAGUUAAUUAUUUACGCAAACUCUAAUUCUACCUCUCAACUGACGAGAUUAACUACUAUUGGCGACAUUAGCUUGAAUCCUGGCCCAGAAAGAUGCUCUGUUUGUGGUAAUUCCGUCACUCGAAACCAUCGUUCCCAUCCUGUGACUCCUACGAACUUUGGUGCCACAUCAAGUGCGGUCAAAUCACACCAAGGGAGUUUAAAAGGUUGUAAUCACUCGACAACUUCAACUGAAUUUUCCCGGUUUGCCUUGCCUUGUCUUCUGUCCCUAUUGGCCAUAAAUCUAUCUCUUUUCCUUCGAACUCUGGCCGUGACCUAAACUACUUUGAUUUGUUUUUAACUUCAGUGAACACUCAUGUCAGAAGAUUCAAAACAUCUUCGACCUUGUCCUUACAUCGACACCUCUUUUAGUCAAGAACUGCAGUCAGCUAUGGUCUUGUCCACUCCAAUCAUUUAGAUGUCUCUUUUAUCUACGUCAACUUCAACCCUCCAGCCCCUAGACCUAAAUUUGUCUUUGACUUCAAAAAGGCCAAUGUUAGUGUCCGCAUGAAAACGUUGGAAUAUAUCCCUGGAGUGUUUUAGUGCCAAAUACGGACACAAACAUAUCUUUAUCCAACUGGGAAGACCUCUUCUGGUCGGCCGUCAGUGAGUUUGUACCUAAAAAAAAACCCUGCGUUUGCCCCAACCACUCACCCUGAGGACAUAAAAAUUUUAUUUCUAAACAAAUAUUUCAUAAAUAACCUCGUUUUUUGUCCUCUUUUCUCUAGUUUUCUUUGACACCUCUUCAUCUUGCCUGUUGGUAUGGACAGGAAUCUGUGGUCAAACUGUUUUUAGAACACGGUGUGAAAGUCAACGCUAAGGACAGGGUGAGUAAGUGAACUUUCUUCAAUUGAAUAAUACAGUGCAAUGAAGGGGUGGGGUAAGGAAGGUUGUUGUUUGUCCUUAUAACUGAUUAACGAAGGAAUCUGUUUAUGUUGGCCAAUUAUUAAAUUUACCCUAGCAACUGUAUUGAUACAACUGCCUAUUUUACUAUGGUACAUAGCACAUUUGUGUUAUCGCAAUAGUGAUUUGUUAGUUCAGGUUUUUUCGUUGUGCUAUUACAAAAGUUUUUAUUUGUUAUUCACCGGAAAAAAAUGGGUGGUAGAAAUCGUUGAUUUACAAUUAGUGUCAGGGAAGAAUAAAAUUAAACCCUUAUAACCCUAAGCUUGGGAACCAAAAUUAUUAUUCUAAACAGCAACAAAAACAAAAACUUGGUGAGACUCAAAAGGGGGAAGUUGGCAACAUUAGGGCCAUUUAUACGAGGAAAAAUAAGACGCGUCUUACAUAAGACGCGUCUUAAAUAAGACGCGAACUGUACAAUUUAUACGAGCAUGUCUUAUCUAAUAAGACGCGUCUUAUUUUAGACGAAAUGUGCCGUUUAUACGGAAAGUUCGCGUCUUAUUUAAGACGCGUCUUAUGUAAGACGCGUCUUAUUUUUCCUCGUAUAAAUGGCCCUGUUGUGCUCCACUAAAACUUAAAGGGUCAGCCCCAUGUACUCCUGGAUUUUGGUGAGCUAACGAAAACCUAGCAGGGUGAUAUACACGCCGGUAUGGAGGAGGGAGUUGGGUCUCCUCCCAGGGCCGACUGUGACCGGUCCUGGGUAAAGAUGGAAGGUGCACAGACUUCCAUAGGGGUAGCCUGCAAUGCAGGCGUAUUUUUGGUGAGUGAAACCUUGUUCGUUCGUAGUAUUGUUGUAGCCGCCAUCUUUGAUUUUAUGACAGUGGAAGAUUGGGGAGAGUAGACUCCUCCUCUCUUCGGGAAGUUUCAACAUGGUGCUUUCGCGAGCAACUUGCGCGCUCAAAGAAAACGCCUACACUGCAGGCUACUAUAGGGGAGGGAAUUGGGCCUCCCCCAGGGUCGGCUGUGACCAAUCGUGCCGAUAUAGGGGGGUUGGGCCUUCCCUCAUGGUCGGCUGUGACCAGUCGUGGGCCUCCCUGGGGCCCCCACUAAACUAUAUGUAUAUCCCAGGAGUACAAAAUGUCGAGUCUAUGGGGGCAAAAGUGUGACGAGAGGAGCACCUCAUCCCCAUUCUCACCUUUAUUGAAAAACACAACUGUCUUCAGAGUAGAAGUAAACGAAGUACCAAUUUGAUGUGUCAUAUCAGUGCAUCAGGUGAAAACUCUAAACCGAAAGGGACAUCAAUGUGUUGACACAGAAAUUGAUUAUAACUAUAGUGGGUUGGAUGGGAGGGAAAAGAAAACUUCAAGAUAUUGUACUUUGGUCGUGAAGAAAAACCAGAGUGACGAAGCAUAUGGGAGUGCAAGCUAAGAAACAUGGCAGAGUGCCAUGUAGACCCCAUGUAACUGGUCGAAUAAACAACCAAUAGCUCAUUGGGUUCAAUUCACGUGAGCUUUCACGUGAAAAUUACUGGACUUGAGACAAAGCUCCAACAACAGUUGUUGAUUAACUAAAAUUUAUUUCCGGUGAUCAAUAAAUUAUGAUUUCUUCGAACACGUUUUGAUUUGAACGUUUCAUUGCACAGGCAUUUGCUCUAAUUCCAGCUGCGAAAUGGGCCUUAAACUCUUACCUAUAUAUCACCCUUGUUAUGUUUCCUCCUCUCUUUCUGUAUAUUUCAUUUGAGUACUUUUUCUUAGCUACAUUGCAGUCGUUUAUGGAUGUUGCCAGAAUUGUAGUAUGCCUGUAACAGAAUAGGAAUGGCACCCCACUGGAGGGGAACUGCUCUUUUUUCUUUGCUGUUUUGGAUUACCAAUUAUCUUUCCUACGCGAUCGAUACUUAGAGCCUAUGGGAGCAGAUGCCUUUUUCGUUUUUAUUAUUAUUUUUUUUUUAUUUUAUUUUAUUUUAUUUUUUUUUUAUUUCAAACAAAAUGAAACAACAACGGGACAAGAUUUUGUUCCCGCAGGCUACCCAAACCGUUUUUAAUCUUUUCCUUUUUUAAGAUUUUUUUUUGAGGUUAACAUUAGAUUUUGUUCAAGAACAUUUCACUGAGUCCAUGCUUCAACACUUAUGUCCAGAAUGGAAUGCACAUGCGAAAUGCACACGAUUUUUUGUUUAUUUUUUUUGGUUUGGUUUGGUUUUUUAAUGGCUCUGCUGUGUAAUUUUUGUAGUUAACAGUACGUUGUGUUACGUUGUGUAGGCAAAGCGGAGAUAUGCGUUUAUGUAGAGUUACCUUAGUUAAAACGUUUCUAUGAUAAAUAGUCGAAAGAAGGUAACAAGAUUAACUCUGCUUCAAUAAAAUGUUUUUAGUUUCAGCGUACUCCUCUUCAAAAAGCCGAACGUCAAAACCACCAUUCUGUAGUACAGUUGCUGCUGAAGAAUGAUGCCAGGCCAUGUCUUCAUCAACCAGUAAGUUAUGGCAGAUUGUGUCCAAAAAAACUGUCUCACAUUUCUGCUUUAACUUACUUAGUGUCAAAUGGAUUCCCUCUUUAUUACUUUCUCUUAAAAGCUUGGUCAUUUUUUAACAGGUCAGUCUAAAGAAACUCUCAAGGAGAGCUUUCGUGCAAUUGGAUAAACAGGCUGGAUUUAAUCUGCACAAGGCGGCUGUCAUAGAGGGACAAUAUGACGUUGUUUUAAAAGCUCAUGGCCUUCCAAGUUAUAAAAGUAUCAAAGGACUUUAUAAUGAGUGUGCUAAGGACAACAGUAGACAGACUAAGCUGCAGUUGGCUACAUGUAGUGGUGAUGCGGAACAAGCUGUUGAGCUUAUAUUAAAUGACGGUGCAGCUAUUAAUGCCCGAGCGUCAGGUAAUGAUUACACAGUUUUGAUGCAGGCGAGUCGUUCAUCCUCAAGUCAGUUCAUUGAGACAAUCAUUGAUCUUGGGGCCGACGUUAAUGCCCGAAGAAAAUGGAGUAAAGAAACACCAUUAACAUUAGCAACUGUUUGGAACAACUAUAUGGCAGUGUACUUGCUUUUGAGGCACGGAGCUGUUGUAAAUGUUCAGGAUAGUUAUGGAUUCACACCACUGCACUUUUCAGUCAGAAAAAGUCACGAAAAUCUCAUCAAAUUACUUCUUGCAAAUAAAGUAAAUGUAAAUACUCAAGAUAAAGAUGGAUAUACACCCUUGCACUGGUGUGCCAAAAAGGGUAACGAAAACCUCUGUGGAUUGUUACUUGAACAUAACGCGGAUGUAAAUAUUCAAGAUAAAGGUGGAUCUACACCCUUGCACUGGUGUGCCAGAGAGGGUAACAAAAACCUCUGUAGAUUGUUACUUAAACACAACGUGGAUGUAAAUACUCAAGAUGAAGAUGGAUAUACACCCUUGCACUGGUGUGCCAGUAAGGGUAACGAAAACCUCUGUAGAUUGUUAUUUGAACACAACGCGGAUGCAAAUAUUCAAGAUGAAAAUGGGUAUACACCCUUGCACUUGUGUGCCAGUGAAGGUAACGAAAAUCUCUUUAAAUUGUUUCUUGAACACAAUGCGGAUGUAAAUACUCAAGAUAAAGGUGGAUCUACACCCUUGCACUGGUGUGCCAGAGAGGGUAACAAAAACCUCUGUAGAUUGCUACUUAAACACAACGCGGAUGUAAAUGCUCAAGAUAAAGAUGGAUAUACACCCUUGCACUUGUGUGCCAGAGAAGGUAACGAAAACCUCUGUAGAUUGUUACUUGAAGGCAACGCGGAUGUAAAUAUUCGAGAUAAUGAUGGAUAUACACCGCUUCACUUCUUAGUCCUUGACCCUCAUAUGUUUAACGGUCAGAUAAUCGAUCUCCUAGUGAAGUGUGGGGUGCAAGACAUAAACACCCGCGAUGCAAAAGGUUUAACCCCUCUUCAAAUGGCAGUGAGACGUGGUAACGCACAAGCUGUGAAAAGGCUCGUUGAUCUAGGAGCUGAUGUCAGUGUGGUUAAGGAUGCCGUUGAACUGAAACGCUUGAAGAAUGAAGCGGGAAGUGUGGAGUAG